CUUAUCUUGCGCGGCUUCAUUACUGGGCACAGUAGCUAGAGCCGGCUGUAUCUUUUUAUCCUUGCUUUUUCAUCUGGAACCGCCGUUGAAAGCUUUGAAAGCUUCGUCCCAUCUCCAUCUCCACUCUCCUGCUUCUCCGCAUCACGUCUAUCAAAAUGUCGUCCUCCCGCAUCGGUCUCCGUUUCUUCCAGAAUUCCAGAGCUGCAUUCCGCAAUGCAUUCCGUCAGUCUGGUGCCCAGGCUCGUCGGUUCCAAAGCACAGAUGCAGGCGCUACGGCAGAACAACAGAGCACAUUCCAGCGUCUAUGGAACAGUCCCGUUGGCAUCAAGACGGUUCAUUUCUGGGCCCCUGUCAUGAAGUGGGGUCUCGUCAUCGCGGGUAUCUCCGACUUUCAGCGCCCCGUAGAGAAACUCUCUCUGACCCAGAACGCUGCCCUCACGGCUACCGGACUCAUCUGGACUCGCUGGUGCAUGAUCAUCAAACCGCGUAAUUAUCUUUUGGCUGCUGUCAACUUCUUCCUCGGCUGUGUCGGUAUCGUCCAGGUUGGUCGGAUUGCGCUGUACAGACGGAGUCUCAAGGGACCGGGGGAGGAAGCCAAGCAGGAGGUUGUGGAGGCUGCGAAAUGAGUUUGUAGACAGGAUGAGAAUGCAGUCUUGUUCUCUUCUUUUAUGUUAGAUUAUCUCGGGUAUUGAUAGAGAGGGAUUAUCAUAUUUUCUUUUCAUCUAUUGGAAUUAUCUAUUAAUAUGAAUAUAAGCACAAUAAUAGCCUGUUACCUCUGAACUGUUGCCAUUGCAGCCAUAUACCCGUCAAAGUCUCACUGACUUCAUU